GAGGAGAAAGAAGUUGAAAGAGAAGGGAUUUGAGAAAUUCCUCACCGUGGAGACGUUCGACGAUAGGCGGAGCAUUCGGCCGGAGAGUUAAUAGAGAUACAAUCGAGGGUGUCUAGUGCACUGCACUCAGCCUCGCGUAGGAGGAGUGAAGAGGGAAAGGGGGGAGCGGUAAGUAGGGACCUCAGGACCAUAGUUUAGACAUCACUGAGCGACGGAUGGACAGCCAGUCAGACCCGUCACGGCAGUCGCUCGAGUACUCGGAAACCACGGGAAAAAUCUUCCCAAACAGUUUGCGUUCUACUCGCACAGCAUCCCUGGACCAGUGUACCAGUAAACUUUAUUCUCUUUAAAGACUUGAACAUUUUUUUAUUUUCCGAAGUGUUUCGAAAAUACAUUAAAGUGAUCUUGUUUAAUACAUGAAGUGCAACUGAAACGUGUAUCGAAUUUUGUACAAUUUCGAACGAUUUUAAAAUGAGUGUUGCGUUAGUAAGCAUGGAGUCGGCGUACGGUUUACGUUUGGGUGGUAUCCCAUCUCAUCAUCAUCUUCACCAUCCUCUUCUACAUCAUCAUAGGCGUAUGUGCUCGCCACCAAUAGCCGAAAGUCAUCAUCAUCAUCAACUUUCGAGACGUGAUGAACAUUCCGACUCGGAAUCAAAUGCCUUGAGAUUCAGUGUUGUUAAUAUAUUACGACCCGAAUUUGGAAGAGAGGCUAUAUUGACAACAAAGACGAGUACAUCGCCAAAAUCAUCAGCAACAAUUGUGAAGCCAAUUGCGCACAGUCCAAUUCCAUUGCCGCGCGAUUUGAGUCUCUCGUCGUCGAGAUUGUCACCUCCUGAAUCGCCGCCAGUAUCGGUGUCGAGUCAAAGGGACCGCGACUCAUCCUUCUCGUCCCAUUGCGGCUUAACGUCACCACUCCAAAGGCAUUCCGGACUCAGUAGGAGUGGAAGUCUUGAAAGUCUCGCGAGCAAUAGGAGUUCUGUGACUGGCAGCUCAGUGACCGGCGCGCCGUCCUUGUGCUCGACCUCGUCGACCAUCAGCGGGGAAUCGUCCAUUAGCUGUGAAAGUAACAGCGGAAAUGCAGCAUCCACCACUGGAAGUGGCUCAACGGCCAAUGGAACGAAUGGACAAAGCGUUUGGCCCGCUUGGAUUUACUGCACGAGAUAUUCGGACAGACCCUCUUCCGGACCACGAACAAGAAGAGUGAAACGUCCGAGCGGUGACAAGAUCAGCAACAGUAGUAGCACAUUACCCGACGAGAAACGACCUAGAACGGCCUUCAGUGCAGAGCAGCUGGCGCGACUCAAGAGGGAAUUCACCGAGAACAGAUACUUGACUGAGAAACGAAGACAGCAACUCUCAAGAGACUUGGGCUUGAACGAGGCCCAAAUCAAGAUCUGGUUCCAGAACAAGAGGGCGAAGAUCAAGAAAUCCAACGGUCAAAAGAAUCCACUCGCUCUUCAGUUGAUGGCUCAGGGUCUCUACAAUCACUCGACCGUUCCAGUCGAUGAGGAUGGCGAGGAGAUCGACGACAGAGUUGAAAAUCAACAGUCGUAAAUCCCAUGGGGAGUACAUGAGAAAAUCACGUGAAAUCUUCGUUUUGCGAUUUCUCUUUCGCGAAAGAUAAAGACAGACAGAGAGAGAGAGAGAGAGAAAAGAUGAACGAUAACUCAACGGAUGACGCGAUUCAAGAAGAUUCCCGCAGAUGCUCGUGUACAAAAAUGGAAGCAGAAUUACCGAGGAUUGGAAUUACAAAGAUUCACUCGUAAAGUAUCGAAAAAAAAUUGAUUCACUGUCGCAGGACAUUCGCAAUUUUCUUCUUCUUUUUUCUUCUAUUUUGAGAAAGAAAUUGUGAUUGACGCUCGAUAGUGACUGUUUCUAAUGGACUGAUGCUUGUGGGGAAAAAUGUCUGUAAUUUUCCAGGCGGAAAAAAAGAAGAGAGAAGGAAUGAAAGAGAGAAUCUACUAGUGUGGAUUUUCAUCAAGCUUUAUCAUCAUCUAGUACUGUAGAAUCACUCCAGGGCGUUAAUUUUAUUCAUCUUCGUAAAAUUUUUUUCAAAUUAAAAAUUCAAUAACGAGAGUUGAAAAGUCCUCAAUAAUUAAUUAUUAGCCUGAUUAAUUUUUUAUUCUCUACGUAAAAUUUUAAUAUUUUCGUGCAAGAGAACGUUUUUCCUAAAAACAGAGAAAAACAAAAAAUUAAAAAAAAUCAAUUUCAAUUUUUUUUUUUUUUUGAAAAUUGCUAAUUUGAAAUAAUUGCAUCAUGUAAUUAAUUUAUAAAUGA